AUGCUGCAGAACCCCGCCACCUCCACCCCAUUCUCGGUCAAUGACAUCCUGAGACUGGAGCGCGAGCAGAUUGGCCUCGAGGCCUUGCAACUCCAGGGGGCACGGAGGAGCCCCGAAGGCUCUCAGUAUCUGCGACUGGUCCCAGAACCUCGAGAGUCAGAGGUACCCAACACCGGUAGCUGUGAUGGAGUCGACAGAAAGCAAGAUGGGUCAGAGCCCCCUGGGGAUGCCAAUGAGCUGGUCACAGAGAUGGACGCGGAACGGGUGGGUAAGCCCGAGCCGCGUCUCCGCGCAGCCUCUCCCCUCCGCUGCGAGGCCCGGGUGCCGGAGCCCUGCGCCAGCAGCAACGGCGACGCGAUGCGCGCGGAGCAGCCCAAGGCGCGGCAGCCUCGGAGGCCGCGCGUGCUCUUCUCGCAGGCGCAGGUGCUGGCGCUGGAACGGCGCUUCAAGCAGCAGCGGUACCUGUCCGCGCCAGAGCGCGAGCACUUGGCCAGCGCGCUGCAGCUCACGUCUACGCAAGUCAAGAUCUGGUUCCAGAACCGGCGCUACAAGUGCAAGAGACAGCGCCAGGACAAGUCCCUAGAACUGGCGGGCCACCCCCUGGCACCGCGCCGGGUGGCUGUGCCAGUGCUGGUGCGGGACGGCAAGCCCUGCGUGGGUCCUGGCGCGCCGGCCUUCCCGGGUCCCUACGGCGCGGCUGCGACGCCCUAUUCUUGUUACGGCGGCUAUGCGGGACCUCCCUACGUCGCUAGCUAUAGUGGAGGCUACGCGGGGGCACCAGCCGGCCCCGCACCACCUGCGCCCCUGAGCAGCACGGGCCUCGGAGGGGAUGGCCCGAGCGUCAGUCCGCAGGGCCAUUUGCCCGCCACACUGCAGGGUGUCCCGGCCUGGUGA